CGGCCCAACGUCUUCAUAGCCACCAGUCCAUCUGCUCCUUCUCCAGGCCGAGAGCAUCUAGAAGAAACGAGGCACCCCACCCUCCACAUUCCUCCAGGCCCAGGACAGUGAGCCGUGCAGAGAAAGGUCCAAGUCACAGGCUGGACACCAGUCACCUAGCCUAGCUUAGUGGACUGGCAGGUGGACAAGUUCUCGGCACCUUAGCUGCUCCUGGGAGAUCAGGGCAGAAGCACAAGGAGCAGCCCUGCUGAUCGGGUGCCCAAGUCCCGGGGCUCGAAGGUGCCUGGACCUGCCAGGGGUCCCGCAACGCCUUCACUGGAACGUCUUCCUGGAGCAGGACAAAAAGCAGCCAGUCCCUGCCUCUCCCAUCUCUGUGAAGAGACCAGCUUCUAACAGACAGCGCUGGGCUGACUCGCCAUCAUGCCAGGUCCGCUCAGUCUCCCAACACUCUGCCACUUCCUUCUCCCUUGGGCCUUCGCCAUCCUCCACGAAGCCCUGGGGGACGCAGCACCCCACCCCGGUCCCCACUACCUCCUGCCCCCCAUCCACGAGGUCAUUCACUCUCAUCGUGGGGCCACGGCCACGCUGCCCUGCGUCCUGGGCACCUCGCCUCCCAGCUACAAGGUCCGCUGGAGCAAAGUGGAACCCGGGGAGCUCCGGGAAACGCUGAUCCUCAUCACCAACGGCCUGCAUGCCCGGGGCUACGGGCCCCUGGGGGGACGUGCCAGGAUGCGGAGGGGGCACCGGCUGGACGCCUCCCUAGUCAUCGAGGGCGUGCGCCUGGAGGACGAGGGCAGGUACCGCUGUGAACUCAUCAACGGCAUGGAGGACGAGAGCGUGGCGCUGACGCUGCGCCUGGAGGGAGUGGUGUUUCCGUACCAGCCGAGCCGGGGCCGGUACCAGUUUAAUUACUACGAGGCAAAACAAGCGUGCGAGGAGCAGGACGGGCGUCUGGCCACCUACGCCCAGCUGUACCAGGCGUGGACCGAGGGCCUGGACUGGUGCAACGCGGGCUGGCUGCUCGAGGGCUCGGUGCGCUACCCGGUGCUCACGGCGCGCGCCCCGUGCGGCGGCCGGGGGCGGCCGGGGAUCCGCAGCUACGGGCCCCGCGACCGGAAGCGCGACCGCUACGACGCCUUCUGCUUCACUUCGAUGACGGCAGGCCACGUGUUCUUCGUGCCCGGGCGGCUGACUCUGUCCGAAGCGCACGCGGCGUGCCGGCGACGCGGGGCCACGGUGGCCAAGGUCGGGCACCUCUACGCCGCCUGGAAGUUCUCGGGGCUGGACCAGUGCGACGGCGGCUGGCUGGCGGACGGCAGCGUGCGCUUCCCCAUCACGUCGCCGCGGCCGCGCUGCGGGGGCCUCCCCGACCCCGGCGUGCGCAGCUUCGGCUUCCCGCGAGCCCAGCAGGCGGCCUUCGGGACCUACUGCUACUCGGAGUAGGGCGACCGGGGCCGGGCGCGAGACCUCCCGCCGCCCCCCUCCCGCAGCCAGCCACGGCCGGGGGUCCCGGGGUCCCGCCAGGCCGGGCGUGGGGGAGGAGGUGGAGGCGCCCGGCGGGACCUCGGACGCGCUGAUCCCGCGGACCUGGAGCGCUCCCGCGGCCGCCCCGGGCGUUAAGCGACGGCUGUGUCCCCCAGCCCAGCAACACGAGGACUUCUCACGUCGAGGCGUGGGGCGGGGGCGGCCUGGGGCCCAGGCGGCCGACCUCACGCCAAGGGACACGGCCUGAGGUGGGGCUUCUGCCGGCGGAGGCGAGCCUGCCGGACCGCGCGGGUUGCGGGGCGGGGGCCCCACCGGCGGAGGGCGCACUGCAGGCGCGGCCGCGGGAGAACGCGGGUGCUGUUGUGUCGAGCCCCACGCAGGGCGCCCUGCGCCCGCCGAGACCGUGCGGCUGGACUCCCGCCGCGCGCCGCCCCCGCAGGCCUGCAGGCGGCCGAACCAACCGAGACGGCCCCGCCGGCCUCCCGCCCCGCGCAGGAAACGCAAACCACCGCGCAGCUGACGGGAAGCGGGCCCUGCGCGGCGCGGGCGCCGGACGGCACGGGCGCCCCCGAGGGCGGCGCGGAACCGGACCCGGAGCACCAGCGUCAGGCCGGGCGCUGCAGAGACAAGCGCGGACGCUGUUCCGUUUCUUUUCACGCUGCGUGUUGUUCUCGUGAGUCCGUUCGCUCGUCCGGGGUCCGUUCCAGCGGUGCCCGUCCACCGCGGCCAGCUCGCGCGCGCGAAGGGCUCCCGGAGCCCCGGGCACGGACCGCUCAAAGCCGCGGGCUGCAGGUCCAGGCGGGCUCUUGCGGUGGUCGCCAAAGAGAGUCCGGCCCGUGGGGCUUCGCGUAACCGGGCGAAGGGCUUCUUCAGCGACCCUCGGCCCCGGGUACGAGUGUCUGCCCCGGGUCGGCCCUGAGGGCUGCUGAGACAGGGCCACGUGCCGCACACACCGGUACUGUAGCCGUCGGCGGUGACUGUGGGGACAGUGGCGGCAACAUCACCCACGGUGACUACGGCCCGGCUGACCGCAGCCUGCGGGACUGGCCUCUGGACGGCCGCGCCUUGCAGCAGCUCCUCCCUCGGGCGGCCGGGGCCUCGCGGUCAGCCACGGGUUCUCCUUAUCCCAGCCGCUCAGGGGCCCGGGCCCGCGGAGCAGCCACCUCGAGCGCUGCCAGUCGCCGCAGCGGAAGGAGGAGGCAAGAAGCGCGGCAGAAGGCCUUGGCCGCGUGAGGGGCCGCGGCCGGGGACACCUGCCUGUCCCGCGGACCGCGCGUUCUCUAGGACCGCCUGCAUGGCCUCGCGCAGCCGCCAGGGGGCAGCAGAGAGCAAGCCGACUCCGGCCUGGCAGGGACGCCGCAGCCCGGCCGCGUCCGGACCAGCCGCCGAGCCCGCGGAACAGGCGGGCGGCCGCCGCCUCCCUCUCCCAGUCCUGGCGUGCCAGGUCUGCGGUGAGAGCCCCGAAAGCCACGAUGCCGGGCUCAGCUGCUCCCCUGAAGGGAGAUGGCUUUCCCUCGGCGCGAUGCCCUGACGUUGUCAGAGACCAGAUGGGAAUCGGCCCCAGGACCCUUCCACUGGCUGCAAAGCUUGGUGUUCUCACCCAUGAAUACAAAGCUUGCUAAUUUUUACAACUACUCUCCACAUUCCUAUUACAAUUUUUUUGUUUUUUUAAAUCAUGGAGGACUGUAAACCUGCGCAGAGAGAGACUCGGCGGCGGAUCGCUGUAUCCCAGCCUGACCGUUUUGAAGCGGAGCCCUCGGGGUCUCUGAAUUCGCUCACUUGUGUUUAUGCUGGAGUAUUUUUUUUUUAAUUUUAAUUAUUUAUUUGUCCGAGAGAGAGAGCACACUUGUACAAACCGUGGGGGGAGGCAGCCACAGGGAGAAGCAGGCUUUCCACUGAUCAAUGAACCCAAUGUGGGACUCAAUCCCAGAACCCUGGGAUCAUGACCUGAGCCAAAAACAGACACUUAACUGCCUGAGCCACCCAGGCGUCCCUGUGCUGGAGUAUUUUGAAGCAAAUCUCAGACAGCCCAUUAUUUUUCCACUUAAUUCUCACUAUCUAUCUCUAACAUAUAGUGACUUUAAACAAUAUUCAUAACUCCACUACCCAUCCCCUCCAGUGGACAUUAUCUAAUACAUACUUCAUGAUCACUUUUCCUUGACUGUCUAAAAAAUAUAACUUCAUAGCUGAUUUGCCCAAACCAGGAUCCAAGUAAGGGCUAUACAUUCUGUUUGAUGGAUUUUUCUUGGCUAAUUUUUAUUUAUUUUUUAAAAGAUUUUGUUUAUUCGUUUAGAGAGAGCGAGAGAGAGUGAGCACACGCAGGCGGGGGGAGGGGCAGAGAGAGACUCUCAGGCCGACUCCUGGACGAGAGAGC